AAAGCCGUUCAUUUCGCCUCUUGCGUUCGCGAACUACUAAUCUCUGAACUUAAUUCAAAAGAGCAAUGUUUGUUUAUAAUCUCCAAUAGUUGUAUUUCUUACUGGUUUUAAAAAUGGCAAAAGAAUGCAAUCAUAUUCCGAAGUUGUGAAGAAACUAGGUGGAUGAAUCAAUUCCGAAGUGUUUCUGUGACAAGGAGAGCGGCUACGGAGUCAUCGCAUCUUUCCUGAUGAAUGAGUCAACGAUAGGAGUGUGAUUCACAAAUCUAAGCUGCAGAAUAUGACUUAUGUAAUUUGGAAUCCAGAACCUUGGAAGAUAGAAAGGGAAAAUGAAAACAAUUCCACUCUAGAUGUGCCCAAAAUUUGAGAUUUGCGAUUUCUUUCCCUCGAUUUUUUUUCUCUUGAUAUAUUAGUGAAUAUUUUUAUUUGUGUUUGCAACAGACAAAUUUUGUUCCUAUAAGUCAACUUGUAGAGUAUACUCUCAGCAAUGAAACUUAAACCUUAUUUUUCCAUUCAAACACGAAAGAAACCUUUUUUAUAUACUAUUUGCAUUCAUGUGUUAGUUCAUGUUAUGUAAAAUUUUGUUUACAAAUUGAAUCUGAAGGAAAGUUGGUUGCUUUUGGUUUAUCAACUAGUUUUUUGAAAGCAAAUUCUUUGUCACUUUCUUAUUGCUUAUGCGAUGGAAAAGCCACGUCCUUCUGAUCUAUGCAGUCAAGUUGUUUCUCAGGUGGAAAUUUCAAAAGAGGACUUACGUGCUCCUUUACAAAAGAAAUCAUAUUCAUGCGAUGCUUGUGGUAAAAUGUUUUCUAAGUGGUGUGACUUAAUUAUCCAUAUACGAACGCAUACGAAAGAGAAACCAUAUGAAUGUAAUGAGUGCCAUAAAGCCUUUUCUGAUAGAUCGUCUCUCAUUAGACAUAUUCGAACACAUACGAAAGAGAAACCGUACGCAUGUAGUGUGUGUCACAAAGCAUUUUCUGACAAUUCGUCUUACAAUAGGCAUAUUCGGAUACAUACGAAAGGAAACUCCUAUGCAUGUGAUGUGUCUCAUAAAGAAUUUUUUAAAAAUUCAGAUUUAAAGAUGCAUUUACAGACGCAUACGAAAGAGAAACCAUAUGAAUGUAAUGAGUGCCAUAAAGCCUUUUCUGAUAGAUCGUCUCUCAUUAGGCAUAUUCGAACACAUACGAAAGAGAAACCGUACGCAUGUAGUGUGUGUCACAAAGCAUUUUCUGACAAUUCGUCUUACAAUAGGCAUAUUCGGAUACAUACGAAAGGAAACUCCUAUGCGUGUGAUAUGUGUCAUAAAGAAUUUUUUAAAAAUUCGGAUUUAAAGAUGCAUUUACAGACGCAUACGAAAGAGAAACCAUAUAAUUGUAAUGAGUGCAAUAAGGAAUUUGCUAACAAUUCGACUUUGAAUAAACAUAUGCAGACGCAUAAGAAACAAAAACGAUUUACAUGUAACUUUUGUAAUGAAGCAUUUACUGACAACUGUCAUUUAAGGACACAUUUGCAAGUGCACACUGAGGUGGAACCGUUUACAUGUAUUAUUUGUUGUAAAGCAUUUUCUAUCGACGCUGAUUUAAAAAUGCAUUUACAGACGCAUGCAGAAGAGAAACCAAAUUCGUGUGAUGUGGGUCUUAAGGAAUUUUCUAUAAAAUCGAAUUUAACGAAGCAUUUAUCGACGCAUACGGAAGAGAAACUAUACUCAUGUUCUGUGUGCCAUAAGGCGUUUGCUAAAAAUUCAACUUUGCGCAGUCAUAUUCGGACACAUACAAAUCGGAAACGAUUUCUUUGUAACUUGUGUAAUAAAACAUUUUCUUGCAGCUCGCAUUUAAGAAUUCAUUUGCGUGUGCAUACAAAUGAAAAACCGUUUGCAUGUGUGCUUUGUAGUAAAGCAUUUACUACCAAUUCGCAAUUGAAGAUACAUUUACGGAGGCAUAAGAAAGAGAAACCGUACGCAUGUAAUGUUUGUAACAUGACAUUUACUACCAACACGCAAUUAAAAUCGCAUUUAUGGACACAUUCGAAAGUGAAACCUUAUUCAUGUGAUGUAUGCCAUAAGACAUUUGCUAAUAAUUCGAUUUUGAAUGGUCAUAUUCGGACACAUACGAAUGAAAAACCGUUUUCAUGUAAUCUGUGUAACAAAAGUUUUUCUAAGGAUUCACAUUUAAGGGUACAUUUGCAGGUGCACACAAAAGAGAAACCUUUUUCAUGUGUGAUUUGUAGUAAAGCAUUUACUACCAAUUCGCAAUUGAAGAGCCAUUUGCGAACGUACACGAACGAGAAACCUUACUCAUGUGAUGUAUGCCUUAAGGCAUAUACUAGCACCGCAAAUUUGAAAGUUCAUAUUCGUACACAUACGAAUGAAAAGCCGUUUUCAUGUAAUGUGUGUAACAAAAGUUUUUCUAACAAUUCACAUUUAAGAGAACAUUUGCGGGUGCACACGAAAGAAAAACCAUUUGCAUGUGUGAUUUGUAGUAAAGCAUUUACUACCAAUUCGAAUUUAAAGGCGCAUUCGCUGACGCAUACGAAAGAAAAACCGUACGAAUGUGAUGUUUGUAACAUGACAUUUACUACCAAUUCGCAAUUAAAAUUGCAUUUAUGGACGCAUUCGAAAGUGAAACCUUACUCAUGUGAUGUAUGUCAUAAGACAUUUGCUUAUAAUUCGAUUUUAAAUGUUCAUAUGCGGACACAUACGAAUGAAAAACCUUUUUCAUGUAACCUGUGUAACAAAAGUUUUUCUAAGAAUUCACAUUUAAGGAUACAUUUGCGGGUGCACACGAAAGAAAAACCAUUUGCAUGUGUGAUUUGUAGUAAAGCAUUUAUUACCAAUUCGCAUUUAAAGGUGCAUUCGCGGACGCAUACGAAAGAAAAACCGUACGCAUGUAAUGUUUGUAACAUGACAUUUACUUCCAACUCGCAAUUAAAAUCGCAUCUAUGGACGCAUUCGAAAGUGAAACCUUACUCAUGUGAUGUAUGCCAUAAGACAUUUGCUAAUAAUUCGGUUUUGAAUAUUCAUAUGCGGACACAUACGAAUGAAAAACCGUUUUCAUGUAACCUGUGCAACAAAACUUUUUCUGCGAAUUCACAUUUAAGGGUACAUUUGCGGGUGCACACGAAAGAAAAACCAUUUGUAUGUGUGAUUUGUAAUAAAGCAUUUACUACCAAUUCGCAAUUAAAGGUGCAUUCGCGGACGCAUACGAAAGAAAAACCGUACGAAUGUGAUGUUUGUAACAUGACAUUUUCUACCAACUCGCAAUUAAAAUCGCAUCUAUGGACGCAUUCAGAAGUGAAACCUUACUCAUGUGAUGUAUGCCAUAAGACAUUUGCUAAAAAUUCGAAUUUGAAUGUUCAUAUGCGGACACAUACAAAGGAAAAACCGUUUUCAUGUAACCUGUGCAACAAAACUUUUUCUGCGAAUUCACAUUUAAAGGUACAUUUGGGGGUGCACACGAAAGAAAAACCAUUUGCAUGUGUGAUUUGUAGUAAAGCAUUUACUACCAAUUCGCAAUUAAAGAGGCAUUCGCGGACGCACACGGAAGAUAAACCAUAAGCACGUCAUUUGCUGACUGAUAUGAAAGAAUUUUCCUGUAACUUGUGUAAGAAAGGAUUUUUUUUUUUUUUUUUUUUUUUUAUGUCUGCCGAUUAAAGAGUCGUUUGCGAGCGCGUAUGGAAGAGACGCUUUCAAAUAAAACAUUUUUAGUUAUAAAUUUUCUUGGAUAUGUUUUAAAUAGACAUUAGUGACACAUCACAACAAAAUUAGAAAUUUGAAAAAAUGAUUUUUUUGAAGCGCUCUCUCUAUAAGAGCGUUCCAUCUUAUUUUCCCCAUAACACACAGAUGGAAAACUGUCUAAAUAUGUCUUUACGGAUUAUGGAGUUUAAAGAUUUUUUUUUUUUUUUGAAGAGUAUAAAUCAUACUAUAAAGUAUUACUAUAUAGUUAUAUAUACUGUAUAUAAUACUAUUACUAUAUACUAUAUAUAUAGUAUAUACUAUAAAGUAUUUAAGUUAAUAUUAAAAAGUGGAAUA